UUUCAUCCUCUCGGCCUUUCCAGUUUCUAUCUUGUUGUUGCUGAAAACUCUGCUUGUCGGGGCUCUGAGAUGAGUGCUGCAGGGACUGCAGAGGCUUUUGUGGGCAGGCUCAGUACCACAGACAGUCUGCAGGAGGGCGAGCUGGACAAAAAGCUCAAAAGAAAAUGUCUCAGAAUCGUCUCCCCCGUGUCUCCUGCUAAACUUUACUGCUGCUAUGUAGUGAUCAUCAUUCUCACUGUAGCUGUGGUUGCACUUUCUGUGGCUCUGUCAUUGUCAGUAAGAAGACAAGAACAGGUCUCAAUCAAAAAUACCUACGCCGCUUGCCCAAGAAACUGGAUUGGAUUUUGGAAUAAAUGUUUUUAUUUCUCUGAAGACUCAAGUACUUGGACAUUAAGCCGGGACUUCUGCCUGGAACAAAAGGCCCAGCUAGCUCGAUUUGACAACAUGGAGGAGCUGAAUUUCCUGAAGAGGUACAAAGGGACCUCUGACUACUGGAUCGGCCUGCACAGAGAGUCACCACAGCACCCUUGGAGGUGGAUGAACAACACAGAAUAUAAUAGCUUGGUUCCCAUCCGAGGAGUGGAAGACUAUGCCUACCUGAACAACAACGGGAUCAGCAGUGCCAGGAUCUAUGCAGACAGGAGAUGGAUCUGUAGCAAGCCCAACAGCUAUAACCUCCAAUGCCAAAUUCCUUUUGAUUCUUUCUAGUCUUUGUCAAGAGAUGUUUUGCCACCUAAUAUCUACAGUUGCUGCUCUAUCCCCUAUUUCCAACAUUGUUAUCAAAAUGAAUUGAUAAUAUUUCUUUAUAUCCAAAUGAAAAUCAUGUUGUAAAACUGCACAUAAAAGGGUUUAGAAAAA